AUGUCUUCUCGUUUCUUUCACGGCGGAGACAGCGACAGCGAGUCUAGUUCCUCUGACGAGGAGGAACUCUACGGCGACCGUGAAGCAGAAUCCGAAGAAUCUGAGGAGGAGGAGGAAGAAGAGGAGGACUCUGAUGAAGAAUCUUCUGAAGAUGAAGGCCACGGAGUUGGUGCGAGCCGAUUCUUAAAGCCCUCUGGCGGCGGUGGCGCUGAGGACAGCGACGACAGCGAGGAUGAAGACCGAGAUCGAGUCGUCAAGAGUGCAAAGGACAAACGAUUCGAGGAAUUGGAAGGCACUGUUAAGUUGAUCGAAAAUGCUGAGAAGAUUAAUGACUGGGCUGUUAUCUCUACAGAAUUUGACAAAAUGAAUCGACAAGUCGUGAAAGUUCUCCAGCAGGGCACUGCUCCUAAAGUCUACAUCAAAAUGAUUGCCGACCUUGAGGAUUUAAUCAACGAAACCAGUGAGAAACAAAAGACAGGUGGCAAGAAGAUGAACCCAAUCAAUGCAAAAGGUUUUAAUGCCAUGAAGCAAAAGAUCCGAAAGAACAACAAGGACUACACAGUCGAGGUUGAGAAGUAUCGAGAAAACAAAGAUGAGUACAUGGAAUCGGACGAGGACGAUGAGCCGCAAGAGGUUGAACAGAGAGUCAGAAAAAGUAGAGUGCAGCGCCUAGAUGAUCUGGAGGCCGCGAUCGACGAAGAAGGCUUUGCUACCGUCGGGCGUGGAGGCAAAACACUUGUCUACACCCCUGAGAGCAUUCUUAAGCAUCUUCGAACGAUCAUCGAAUCUCGUGGCAAGAAGAACACUGACCGUACCGAACAAAUUCGAAUCAUGGAGCGACUCUUGGAGGUGGCCAAUACUCCCUACCAAAGAAUCCGUGUCCUCUUAACGCUUAUUUCGACCAGAUUUGAUGUCACCACUACUUCUGUCCAGAACUACAUGUCUCAAGAGUCGUGGCGUGCUGCCGAGCGGGAAUUUUCCUCUCUUCUGCAGACUUUGGAAGACGAGCCUACCUACAUCGUCACAGAGGCCGCGGAUGAAUGGGAAGAUGAUGAGAAAUCGCCCAAUCCCGGCCCGACUGAGACCUUCAAGAUUCCCGGCAGUGUUGUUUCGCUUGCAGAACGUCUCGAUGAUGAGUUGACACGCUCCCUCCAGCAGACUGACCCCCAUACAGCCGAGUACAUUGAGAGACUUGGUGAUGAACAGCUUCUCUACACUGAUAUCGUCCGAACCCUCAUCUACAUCGAAAACGUCAACAAGAAGCUUGAGAAGUCGGAAACCCGGCAAGAUAAUAUCAACCGAACCACCAUCAGGCGAUUGGAACAUCUGUACUUCAAGCCUACGCAGGUCGUCAAAAUCCUUGAGGAGAGGGCCUGGGCGGCGCUACCAUCCAACCUUAAUUCCGAGCUCACUCCUCGAGGCGAAUAUACGGAGGUUGCAUCACUUGUGCAGAAACUCUGCAACCACCUGUUUGAGAUGAGCGAAGGUAUUAUCCGAGCCCGUGCCAUGCUUUGCCAGAUCUACUUCCUCGCAUUACAAGACGACUACUACAAGUCUCGCGAUUUGGCACUGAUGAGUCACUUGACGGAGAACAUCUCUUCUUUCGAUGUCAGCACUCAAAUCCUUUUCAAUCGAACUCUGGUUCAAAUCGGCUUGUGCGCUUUCAGAGCUGGUCUCUGUUACGAAGCUCAGGGCGUCCUGCAAGAGAUCUGCGGCUCUGGUCGCCAAAAGGAGCUUCUCGCCCAAGGCGUGAUUCUUCAGAGAUACGCAACGGUGACCCCCGAGCAAGAGCGUCUCGAGCGUCAACGACAAUUGCCUUUCCACAUGCACAUCAAUCUCGAACUCCUCGAAUGUGUCUAUCUCACUUGCAGUAUGCUGCUCGAAAUUCCUCUGUUGGCACAGACUGGCUCGUCUCCCGACGUCCGCAAGAGGGUCAUUUCCAAAACCUUCCGGAGGAUGCUCGAAUACACUGAGCGACAAGUGUUCCAAGGCCCACCUGAGAACACCCGGGAUCAUGUGAUGCAGGCAGCUAAAGCACUUGCCCAGGGUGACUGGAAGAAAUGCCAGGAACUAAUCAGCAAGAUUGCCAUCUGGGAUCUACUAGGCAGUGAUAAGGACAAGGUCAAGGAGAUGCUCUCAGCGCAAAUCCAAGAAGAAGGGCUGCGGACAUACCUUUUCACCUACGCCCCAUACUACGACACACUCUCCCUCACGACGCUCUCUGGCAUGUUCGAGCUCGACGCCAAGCAGAUUGCAGCUGUAGUGUCGAAAAUGAUCUCACACGAGGAGCUCGCCGCGGCGCUGGACCAGGUUAACGACGCAAUAGUGUUCCGCAAGGGCGUCGAACUAUCUCGCCUGCAAAGCCAAGCCAUCACCGUGUCCGAGAAGGCCAUGGGCAUCCUCGAGUCGAAUGAGAAGGUCCUCGAGACCCGGACGGCAGGUAUGGCAAAUGCCUUCCAGCGAGACCAGGGACAACGUGGAGGUAGAGGUGGACGAGGCGGCCGAGGAGGUGGCAUUCCGGGCGGCAUUCCUCGCGGACAAGCCGGCGGGAGAAGGCCUGGCAACCAACAAUUCAGUGGUGGCGCUUUGGGCGGUGCGAUCAAGGCAUGA